UCAAACACUCACACUCGCUCACACACUCACAAACACACACACACAGACGACAUCACACGGUGGUGGACUUCCCUGUUAUAGCAGCAGCUGACUGGGACCAGGGCUCGCCCAGUUCUGGCGGGAAACAGGCGGCAUGCCACGCACCAAGCCUCUACACUCUUGGCUCGACCUUGUGACCUUCAUCUCCGCAUAUUAACCUUCAGACCUUGACCCCCUCACCAUUGACCUCAAGGUGGUGACCCCGUGACCUUCACCUCAGACAAAAAGAUGACGUCAGUGGGCAAACCGCCGGGCUACGUACAGUUCAGCGCGGGAGUGGAGGAAUUCAGCGAUGUACCAGACCACUCCGGGAUGUCUAGGCGGUCCCGAGAUGGGGAGCCACACAUGUUUGAUGCGGCGAGAGCAGACCCUUUUAGGCCGGACUUCAAGUCCGGUGAAGGGAAAGCUGCCCUCUCGGACCGGUACAAUCGAAUCUACAUCGCGUUUGUGCUGUCGGGAAUCGGAUACAUGCUGCCGUUCACCUGCUUCAUUGUGGCUGUGGACUACUAUCAGGUUUUGCGGGCGUUCUGGUCUCUUUAAACCGGAUACUGACCAAGAUCUUGCUGGACAAUGAGCGAAUCAACACCAUCAUCUUCUUUGUCGUCUCCAUUAUCGUCAUCGUCAUCUGCUGUGUGGCAUUCCUUUUUGCCAGACGCACCCAGUUCGUCAGAUUCCAUCUUAUGACGUGUAAGGCAGACAGACUGGAUUAUGAGAGGAGAAGUAGGGUAUCCCGGCGAACAAGCCGAGAGGGGAGCUCACAGUUCGGCAACUUUGAGUUCUACGUCACUCCAGGCGGCUAUCAGAGCAGUACCUUCAGAGCCACCGACACGGAUACACAGGUCUCAGAACCCCCGCGAGACCCAGACGCCCCUAGGUUUUCCGAGAGCUCCCGAGAGGACACGGAGGGUAUCCUGGACAGUGCCUGCAGGGGCGGUAACUCUGUGAGGAUGUCGCGCAGGGGAGAUAAACGACUCGACAGCCAAGCCGGCCUCGUGCCUACUUCAAAAGUCUCAAGAUUUAAAGCCAGACUGUCAGCUCGAUGGGAGGUGACCAAACAGAUCUACCCGUUCAUGGCGUCGUUUGCCUUGACCUUCUACGUGACUGUGUCCCUGUACCCGGGAAUCAUCACAGAGAUACUCAGCUGCCGGCUACAGUCCUGGAUGCCUGUCAUACUCAUGGCCUGUUUCAACGCGACUGAUGCCGCCGGGAAGAUGCUGACGUCAACAAAAACACAGUACUCAAAGCUCCGCCUUCUUCUCUCCUCCUUGGCACGUGUCUGCCUCGUGCCAUUGGCUAUUAUGUGCUGUAGGCCCCGCCUUAAACCCACGCUGAGCGGGGAGGCGUGGCCUAUUCUCAUCACGAUUCUCUUGGGCAUCUCAAACGGCUAUUUCGGAAGUCUGCCCUUGAUACUAGCGCCUAGCCAAGUGGCGCCCCGUCUCCGAGAGCUUUGUG